GAAGGCGGGAGGAGAGCGAUGAGGAUCGCCGUGGUCAACUCUGAUCGUUGCAAGCCCAAGAAGUGCCAUCAGGAAUGCAAGAAGAGCUGCCCAGUGGUGAAAACAGGGAAGCUGUGCAUCGAGGUCUCUCCGGCAUCCAAGAUCUCGUCCAUUUCGGAGGAGCUCUGCAUUGGAUGUGGGAUUUGCGUGAAGGUCGGCCACUUCGAUUCCCCCUUCCCGUCUUGUUUCGAUCUGUGGUUUGUGUGGCAGAAAUGUCCAUUUGGAGCGAUAGAUAUCAUCAAGCUGCCUAAGGAGUUGGACAAAGAAACCACGCAUCGGUAUGGAGCGAACACUUUCAAGCUACACAGGCUGCCUGUUCCAAAGCCGGGCCAGGUCUUGGGUCUCGUUGGGACGAAUGGAAUUGGAAAGACAACCGCCUUGAAAGUUCUUCACGGGUUCCUCAAGCCCAACUUGGGGAACUUUGCGGAUCCACCGGACUGGCAAGAGAUCUUGACAUACUUCAGAGGAUCGGAGCUCCAGAACUACUUCAUGCGAUAUCUGGAAGAUAAUUUGAAGGUGGCCACGAAAACGCAGAACGUUUCCGACGUUCCGAAGGUAAUUAAAGGCACCGUCGGUGAAGCUCUCUCGCGGAAGGAUGAAAGAGGCGUGAUGGAGGAUGUCUGCCAUGAUCUUGAUUUGAUCGAUGUCUUGGACCGAAAUCUGGAUGAUUUGUCUGGUGGAGAGCUCCAACGCUUUGCUAUAGCCGAGGUGGCCGUGCAAAAGGCAGACGUCUACAUGUUUGAUGAGCCAUCCAGCUUUCUGGAUGUUCGGCAGCGGCUCAAGGCUGCUCAAGUCAUUCGGUCCCUUCUCACACCAAACAGCUAUGUGAUUGUCGUGGAGCAUGAUCUGAGUGUUCUCGACUAUCUAUCGGACUAUGUUUGCUGCCUCUAUGGAAAUCCCGGCGCGUAUGGCGUUGUGACGCUCCCUUUCUCUGUGAGGGAAGGCAUAAACAUAUUCCUCGCUGGAUACAUUCAUACGGAAAACGUGCGGUUCCGUGAAGUGUCCCUCACGUUCAAGGUUGCUGAGAGCGCUCAAGAGAGCCCCGAGGAAGUCCAGGCGUACACUCGGUAUAAGUAUCCUGCCAUGUCGAGGACUCAAGGAAGUUUCAAGCUUCAAGUCAAGGAGGGGGACUUUACAGACUCGCAGAUCAUUGUGAUGCUCGGCGAGAAUGGCACUGGAAAGACCACUUUCAUAAGAAUGCUGGCUGGGCUGCUAAAAUCCGACGACGACUCUCGUGACUCGGAAGAAAUUCCCGAGUUCAACGUCUCAUACAAGCCACAACACGUCAACUCCAAGUCCCAGUCCACGGUCCGGCAUUUGCUGCACACCAGGAUCCGGGACUCGUGCUUUCAUCCUCAAUUCAACACGGACGUGAUGAAGCCUCUCCAGAUUGAGGCACUCAUGGACCGGGAAGUUGCCAACUUAUCGGGUGGAGAGCGCCAGCGCGUUGCUAUUUGCCUUUGCCUUGGAAAGCCCGCGGACAUCUAUCUGAUCGACGAGCCCAGCGCUCACUUGGACUCCGAGCAGCGACUCGUGGCGUGCAAGGUGAUCAAGCGCUUCAUCCUCCACGCCAAGAAGACGGCCUUCGUGGUGGAGCACGACUUGAUCAUGGCAACGUACUUGGCGGACAGGGUCAUCGUCUACGAAGGAAAACCGUCGGUGGAGUGCGUUGCCAACUCGCCCCAGAGUCUCCUCACGGGGAUGAACCUGUUCCUCUCGCACCUGGACAUCACCUUCCGGCGUGAUCCCACGAACUUUAGGCCGCGGAUCAACAAGCUCGACUCCACCAAAGAUCGCGAGCAAAAGGCUGCCGGAUCUUACUAUUACUUGGACGACUGAGCAGUCCGGUUUGCUUCUGUAAAGUACUCUCGAUCUGGAGGUUCGUUUUGUGGAGCUCGAGUUGUACGCACGCUGGAACACUACUUCUCUCUCUGUUGGUUCGUUGUUUAGAGGUCCGAGUGACUGAUCUCGCAAGAACAACAAAAAGAAGAAAGAAGAGCGAAAACAAAACUGUAAAUCGACAGGCGACUUUAAAACAUCCCAAGAGCUUACCAGAAGACGCCGUCCCAUCGCAACUACCAUAAACUUCUCCAUUUGGUCGAAAGAAGCUAGCAACGUACUCUCGAAAACGGAAAAACAGAAGGUAGAAACAAAAAUGGUGGCGAAGAUCAAAGAGCUGUCCAAGGAUGUCAAAACACAAUUAAAGAGAGAAAUGCUUCAAAGCUUACCG